GGAUCUCCGCACACCCCAGCGGAAGAGGCAGAUUCAGGAAGCCAUUACGCAGCUGGCUGGCGGCGGUCGGGCCGGUCAGGGCUGGGCCCUACGCAUUUUGCGUAGCGAGGGGGAUUACUUAAGGCCUCGUGCUUGGCCUCGAGCAAGCCCUGCCUGUCCCCCUUUGGGGGGGAGGGGGUUGGUAAGUGGGCGACAAGCGAGGCUGAAAAAGAGGAGGGAAAUUGGGGUUGUUAAGGACAUUAUAAUUUCUUUAAAAAGAGGAAAGGGGAGGCCAUGGCUGUCCCAGCCAAGAAGAGGAAGAUGAACUUUUCAGAGCGGGAGGUAGAGAUCAUCGUGGAAGAACUAGAGCUGAAGAAGCACCUGCUGGUGAACCACUUCAAUGCUGGCGUCCCUCUGGCCGCCAAGAGUGCAGCCUGGCAUGGCAUCCUGAGAAGGGUCAACGCUGUGGCCACCUGCCGUAGGGAGCUGCCCGAAGUCAAGAAGAAGUGGUCCGACCUCAAGACCGAGGUCCGCCGCAAGGUUGCCCAAGUCCGAGCAGCAGUAGAAGGUGGAGAGGCCCCAGGGACCGCAGAAGAGGACGGAGCUGGUGGACCUGGGACAGGCGGUGGCAGUGGGGGCAGUGGCACAGCCAUAGCUCCUGUACUGCUGACCCCUAUGCAACAGCGCAUCUGCAACUUGCUGGGUGAGGCCACCAUCAUCAGCCUGCCCAGUACCGCCGAGAUCCAUCCCGUGGCCCUCGGACCCACGGCCACAGCAGCUGCAACCACGGUCACCCUGACACAGAUCCCCACCGAGACCACCUAUCACACACUGGAGGAGGGGGUGGUGGAGUACUGCACAGCGGAGGCUCCUCAACCCCUGCCGCCUGAGGCCCCGGUGGAGAUGCUGGCCCAGCACACAGAUGCGUCGGUCAAGCCGCAGGCGCUGAAGAGCCGCAUUGCCCUCAAUUCCGCCAAGCUGAUCCAGGAGCAGCGGGUCACCAACCUACACAUAAAGGAGAUCGCCCAGCACCUGGAACAGCAGAACGACCUGCUACAGAUGAUCCGGCGUUCCCAGGAGGUGCAGGCCUGUGCCCAGGAGCGGCAGGCCCAGGCCAUGGAGGGCACCCAGGCAGCCCUGAGUGUCCUCAUCCAGGUCCUCCGGCCCAUGAUUAAAGAUUUCCGGCGCUACCUGCAGAGUAACACCCCCACCCCGGCCCAGGCCCCAGUCCCUGACCCUGGACAGGUGGCCCAGAAUGGGCAGCCAGACAACAUCAUCCAAUGAGGACAGGGGUCAAGACCAGUUCUCUGCCAUAAUUGAAGGAAACUUCUGUGGACUUGUAAGUGGUUUCUGUGAGUGGCUUUAAGUGGACCAUGUGGAUAGCUUCCUCUUGGAUAGAUAUUUGGGGGCUUGUUAGUCUGAGAGAAAUGAAGGAGGCUGGGAAAAGGAGAUUUCUAGUCCCCUAGAACCCAGUCUCUUAAUUCAACCUCUGGAGCUGCCUUGUUGAAAUCUGGAAGAUUACCUGGGUGUGUGUGUGCUGAUGAUAGGACAUCACCCAGACUCAGUCCAGGUCGACUUUAAAGACAGACUGGUUCUCAUGGGGCUAUGUCACAGCACAGGGUCUUCAAUGGGCUGCCCCACCUCAGGUGCGACAUCUUUUUCUGUGCCAUCCCGCCAGUGGCGCUGGCAGAAAUGCAAUAACACCCACCUAAGAAUGUCUCCCAGCCCCACUGGGAAACCCAGCCCUUUCUUCCUCUCAUUGUGCUCCAUGCUCAGGGGACUCUCCUUACAGCUGUGUACCACAACCACCUCGACACAGCCCAGCUCUUGGAAACGCCCUGAGCCGGACGCAGCCGGCGGGGCUCAGGAAUGCUGUGUGUGGAGGGAAUGGGUUGGCCUCGCUCUAGUCUUCCGAGACACCUCAAGGGAGGGGUUAUGCCGUUGCCCCACCCCCAGACUUUGACACAGGUGGGCUUAGGUGCUGUCGGUAUUAGAAGGCGGACCCCUGUGGAGAUUUGUUUCCUGCUGCAGUGCACUUGAGGUGAACCUCUAAUUUUUAUUUUAUUUUAUUAGGUUUUUUUUUUCUUAGAAAACUCACUUCUAGCCAGUUGUAUUUAUUCUAUAGCUGAACCCUUUCUGGGAGGGCUCUAGCUCUGUGGCCACGCUCUUUCCUCUCUGCUGGACCACAUAUCUGAAGGGCAGUGCACACUAGAGCCCUGCUCAGCAUCCCCUGCCCUGCUCUGUUACUCAGUACCUGGUGCGCUGUAGAUGCCCCUCCUCCAGUAUGGCUAAGUGAAUCCCACGCAAGGACUCUCCUUGAGUGAGACAGGGAUUGGGGCCUGUUUGAUUCUGUGCUCCAGCAGGGCGUAAGGUCAGAGGGCUGAAGGACUUGUCUGUCUGAGACAUUUACAAAAACCUUAGCCAGGCAGGAUUUGUCUGAAUCUCUUUCAGACUUGCUGUUGAGUGCUAGGGUCUCAGUCUCCCCACGGCACCACCCCAUUGGCCAUUCUGCUGCCAUAACUGGGCCAAUCAUGACCACUGGCUACAACGUAGUUCCAGGUAUUAGUCAAGCUGUCCUUCCCUGCAUGCACACACUGAGAUGCUUAGCACCAUUCUUAUGGUCCCAGGAAGUGAACCCCUGGAGACAGUUAGGAGGUGGCUACCCGCUGUCCCCUUCUCCAAGGAGGCCUGUAUAAUGCCAGCUGCUGAGAGGGGAGUGAAGUGGACCUCCUCACCCUGUGGAGCCUGUUGGCCCCAGCAGGGUUGCUGCAGGAGGCUCCUAAAGAUUUGGACCCAGUUGGGUUCUCCUCUGAAGUUAGAAAUCUGAGCCAGCGUUGUAUCUGUUCCAUUUGUGUGUGAAGAGGAAGCCUACAUUACUUAAGCCAACUUUUUCUUUCCGGGUCACAACUUUAAAUUAAAGAAAUAUCACUUUUCCACACACGCUUCCCUGUGUCUUUAUUGAUCACACGUAGAAAUAAACUAUGGUUUCCAGGCUAAAUCUGGUCCAUCACCUACUUUUGUUUGUUUUGUUUUGUUUUUGUGUUUUUGAUACAGGGUGUCACUAUGUCGCCCUGGCGGGCCUUGUUGUAGCUAAAGUUAUGUUUUAACUUUAAAUUACUGUACUUAAGAGAUCUAUAAAACAAAAAUGUCUCUCACCAGAAUGCCCCACUUGCCUAAGAAGAGAUAACUUCCUGGAAUGCUGGGGGCUGUUGUUCAUGUAAGAUAACAGGCCGAGUGUUUUUGCUUCUGUAAACAAGUUUGGUUGCCCCAACAGCACAGGAUGUGUUUGAUCACACAUAGGCAGGAAGUACAUCGGGAUAUAUGCUUGCCCCCGAUUGGACUAGGUGGGAAGUAUGUGUAGCCUUGUGUGUUUUGCCUUUCCAAGCCCCUGUCUAAUGUAAUUUGAUGCCAUGCUCUGGGAAUCCCAGGUGUGGACCUGGCCAGUGCCCAUCAUCUUGACCAGUAUUCAAUAAAGCUUUCUUCAAAUUUGA